AUGAGUAACUCUACUACGGAUGGUUAUCAAGAUUCCCCUUACGAAUUUAGAGGUUACGAAGAUAGUGAUUCAGACUCAAGCUCGAUAGAAUCAGGGUUCGAAAAGCCGAGAAAAGGCUCUAUUUCUUCAGUUGCCUCAUUUGGUGCAUCUAGUGCACCUUAUAGUGUUAGAGACAUAUAUGGGGAUUUGAAUAGCAAUGAAAUAGCUCUCCAAAGAGAGUACACUAGGAGAACAAUUGUUGAGGAGUUGAUUGAUCGUUCCAAGGAAGCAGAAGCAGAAUUGGAUUUCAAAACUCCCGAAUUUGAUUGUGGCACCCACGAUUUGGAAAAGGGUUUAGAAAUAGAUUUAGAUGCACCAGAAACCUCGAUCCCUGUUCCUAAUAAUGGUGAAGAAUUCAAAUGCAUAGAUCCAGAAUUGAUCAAUUGGAACGAAACUGACGAUCCACAAAACCCUAGAAAUUGGUCUUCUAACUCAAAGGCAUUCAUGCUAGCCCUUGUCUCACUUUAUGCUCUUGUAGCACCCAUGUCAUCUUCAAUAUUAUCCCCUGCAAUGAGUAACAUCAACCAAGAAUUUGGAAUCGAUUCUCAAGUACUCUCUUCCAUGGUUGUUUCCAUUCAGAUUCUAGCAUGGGCACUCGGACCCUUACUCAUUGCUCCACUUAGUGAACACGAUAUUUUUGGAAGGAAAUUGGUCCUAGACGUAUGUUGCUGGAUGUCAUUGGUAUUCAAUAUUGGAUGUGGAUUCUCUCAAACAACAGUCCAAAUGAUGGUCUGUCGUUUUAUAGGUGGUUUGUUUGGUUGCGUUCCUUUGAAUGUUUGUGCUGGAGUUAUCUCUGAUUUGUACAAUGCUAAGCAACGUAAUAUCGCGUUGGCUGGUUACUCCUUUGUUCCCUUGUUGGGUCCUGACAUCGCCCCUUUGAUUGCUGGGUUUGUUGUUGAUAAUACAAGUACAUGGAGAUGGGUUUUCUACGUAUUGUGCAUAUUCAAUGCAACAGUGGCGAUCGUUACCACUUUGUUCUUCAAAGAAACUUAUGCACCUACACUUCUUAGACGCAAGUGUUUGAAGCUUCAAAAGGAAACCGGAAACACCUGUUUGCACACAAUAUACGAUAUUACUGAUAAUGAGCCUUUCUGGACGAAAAUGUGGAUUACGUUGACUCGUCCACUUAUUCUUUUGUUUACUCAUCCUAUGAUUGUUGGACUUGGGUCCUUUAUGGCUUUCACUUACGGGUUUAUGUAUUUGAUGAUUGUUACGUUUCCCCGUAUAUUCACUAUUCAAUAUGGCUACUCUAAAUCAGUCACAGGUUUAAUGUAUAUUCCAAUGGGCGUUGGAUUUGCAUUGGGAGUCAUAGUUUGGACGAUUCUAUUAGGAAAAGUUUAUGAUAAAUUAACAGAAAGUAAUGGUGGAGUAGCUAAACCUGAAUUCCGUCUUCCUUGUCUUUUCGUCAGUUCAGUAUGUAUUCCUAUUGGUCUUAUUUGGUUUGGUUGGUCUGCUCAAUAUAAAUUACACUGGAUAAUGCCAGGAAUCGGACUGGCAAUUUUUGCUUUUGGAUUGGUUUGCGUUUUCCAACUGUUACAGAGUUACUUGAUCGAUAUGAAUGUUAGAUACGCAGCCAGUUCUGUUGCAGCUGCAGCUUUGUUCCGUCUGUUGUUCGGAUUUCUGUUCCCACUAUUCGCAGGUAAAAUGUAUGCAUCUAUGGGAUAUGGCUGGGGUAAUACUAUGAGCGCCAUAAUUGGCUUGUUUUUAGGUGUUCCCUUUCCUAUCUUUGCCUACAAGUACGGUGAACGCAUUAGACAUUGGGCUAACAAGCGUAUAGAGGCAAAGCAAUUACAGAGGGAUCAACGGAUGUUGCGCAGGCAAAUGGAGAAUAAGAAUAAGGCGGAAAACUGA